UUACUUUGAUGCCCUGGUGAAGCUGCGAGAGCUGCGGGAAACUGAUGGAGGCUUCCUGAGCUGGAAUGACCUGCAGGCUACUGUGAGCCAGGUCAAUGCCCAGGUCCAAGAGGAGACAGACCAGGUCCUUGCCAUCAGCCUCAUCAAUGAGGCUCUGGACCAGGGCCAUCCUGAAAAGACUCUGUCCGCCCUGCUGCUUCCAGCAGCUGGCCUGGAGGACAUCAGCCUGCCUGUUGCUCCUCGGUAUCAUCUCCUCCUUGUGGCAGCCAAGAGGCAGAAAGCCCAGGUGAGGCUAGAAAUGGCUGGGUUGGUAAUUAGAGCAGGGGGAACAGCCUUGUGGACAGAGAUGUGCCAGCAUGCAUCCUGGCACUGCUCCAGACUGAUGGAUACAGACUCUUCCCCAGGCAAGGCACAGGCAGAAUUUAGUUGAUAUUGGGGAAGUGUGGUCCUCUUUGCCAGGGUCCUGGACAAUGUGAGGAGAGAAGAGGCCUGGGUAUCAGAGGCUGGGCUGGAUUCCCCACUCUGAUCUUCUGGAUUCACCUGACCUUGAGCGAUCUCUUGAUGUCUCUGGGCUAUGCAUACUUAUCUGUAAAGCACUGAGUACUCUGUCCCUUGAACCUCUUGGUGAGAAUUCAGUGAGAUGACAAAUGAGGUAGGGAUUUGAACUGACAUACUCCAAGUAUGUGGCAGCACAACAGGGUUGAAAACUAGGGCCCCCAAGCCAAAAUACUGAGUUUGCAUUCUCAGUCUUACCCUACAGUAUCAUUUAAUUUCCCUGCUGCCAUUUUCCCACACAAACUUGUGACAGGAACGAGCUUACAGUUGUUAGCUCACAGUUGUUGGAUUUGAGUAAGGUAAUCAGAUCACAGUAUUAGCAAAACCAAGCAUUGUUUUUUGCACCUUUCAAAUAUUAAUGCAUAGAAAGGUCUUCAUAACAGUUCCUGGAAGCACAUACUUGCAGUCCCAGCACCUGGAAGGCAGAGGAUUGCUUUGAGUUUGAGGCUGUCUUGAGUUACAGAGACCCUGUCUGAAAGGAAAGGAAGAAAGAAAAAGAGGGAGAAUAGAGGGAAGGGAGGGAGGAAGGAAGGGAGGAAGGAUGGACAGUACCUAGCACAUAGUCGGUGCUCAAUAAAAUGUUAGUUUACAGAAUCUAUUCCUGAUGAGAAGAGAGUAGAUGGAGUCAGGUUGGGCUUCAGGCCGACCACAUGGCAAACAGGUUUAUUGACCUGUCUCAUAAUCUUCCAACUACUUUUGGGGAGUUGGGCGUGGUGGUGCACUCGGGAGG